AUGGCUGGAAGCAACAACACAUCAGUGAUUGAGUUCCUGCUUGUGGGCCUUACAGAUCAUCCAGAAUUGCAGAUGUCUCUCUUUGCCCUGUUCUUGAUCAUUUAUCUGGUCACUAUGAUAGGAAAUGUGUGUAUGAUCCUAUUAAUCCAGAUUGAUGCCACCCUUCACACUCCCAUGUACUUCUUUCUGUGUAACCUCGCACUCUGUGAUAUCUGCUACUCGACUGUCCUGGUCCCUAAAAUGCUGAUUAAUUUCCUUUUGGAACAUAAGUCCAGCUCAUUUAUUGGCCGUGUCUUUCAGAGUUUCUUUUUUGCCAUUUAUAUUACUACUGAGGGCCUCCUCCUGGCUAUCAUGGCAUAUGACUGCUAUACAGCGAUUGUCAACCCCCUAUUGUAUACAGCUAUUAUGACCCCAAAGAUCUGCCUUCAGGUAGUGCUUGUGUGCUACCUGGGAGGUCUUGCCAAUUCAUUGACACACACAAUUGGAUUAUUGAGGUUGGAUUUUUGUGGACCUAAUGUCAUCAAUCACUUCUUCUGUGAUGAUGAAAGUAUCUGCAGUGGUUUACACCCUGGUCAUCCCCAUGCUAAACCCCCUGAUUUACAGCCUGAGGAACAAGGAUGUGAAGGAGGCUUUGAAAAGGUCAAUAAAGUGGAAAAAUUGCCACCAAUAAUUACAUCAAAACCUCCUUUAAGCAAUGCCAGGUAUAUAAAGUACAAAUUAAUGGGUGAACAUCUCCAAGAUAUUAAAUUCAACAUUUUUCAGGUGAUUUCCUGUGAAAACUCUAAACUGUAA